CAGAAACAGACACAACUAGAAAAUGGAGGGAAAUACAUUUAUCACUCUUAUUCUCUCAGCUGUUUUCAGUGAAUGUUUUCCACAUCAGUAUCACUUUGUGAAUCAGAAGAUGAGCUGGUCUGAAGCUCAGAGAUACUGCAGAGAGAAUUUCACAGAUCUGGUCACCAUCAACAACAAGAACGACAUUGAAGAGCUGCUAAAGAGUGUGAAUGAUGAUCAGGUUCAGUUUGUCUGGAUCGGACUGCACAAGACAAACAAUAAGACGUGGAAGUGGUCUCUGGGUGACCCUGCGUUCUACACAGGAAGUGAUUCACAGUGUCGUAACUGGGCACAGGGACAACCAAAUGAAGAUGAAGACUGUAGUAAUAUGAAUUUCAAGGGUUGAGUACAAUUAUAAUCAUUCCAUCCUCCAGAAUUCAUAUGUUACAAUGACAGCAGUAAAAGACACAUCCCUGUUCAUCAGUCAGUGAUUUGGAGAGAAGCUCAGAGUUUCUGCAGAGAUCAUCACACAGAUCUGGUCAGUGUGAGGAACCAGACUGAGAAUCAACAGAUUGAGAAGAUCAGGAAUGAUACAUUCGGUUCAUAUGGAACAACGUCUGGAGUCUGGAUCGGUCUGUUCAGAGACUCAUGGGAGUGGUCCAAUCAGAGUGAAUCUUCAUUCAGAAACUGGAGAACAAGUGUUCCUGAUAAUGUUGGGGGAAAUGAAAACUGUGCAGUGCUUUGGGUCAAGACAGAACGUGGACGAUGGGAUGACAGGAACUGUGAUAUAAAAACUCAGUUUGUUUGUCAUGAAGAUGAACUGGUUUUGAUUAGAUUGAAUGUGAGUUGGAAUGAAGCUGUGAGAUACUGCAGAGAGAAUCAUGUGGAUCUGGUGUCAGUUCACUCAGAGGAGAGUCAGCAUCAGGUGAUGGAUGUGGUUAAAGAUGCCUCGACUGCAGCGGUGUGGAUGGGUCUCCGUCACUCCUGCACUCUGGGCCUGUGGUUCUGGGUGAAUGGAGAGAUCUUGUGUUAUCAGAACUGGGCUGCAGGUCACGGGACAGGACAGGAAGAUUGCAGUGUUGGACCGAGAGUUGGAGCAGUUCAGUCUGGAGGAGAUCAGCGAUGGAUCAGUCUUCCUCAAACUCACAAACUCAACUUCAUCUGCACCAACUCUCAAGAAAAUAAUCUGGGAGAACCAAUCAAGGAAUAGAACUACAAAGGACUACAAAACUAACCAGAACUAAACAAGAAUUUCAACAUAAAAUCACAAAAACAAAAGACAACAGGAAAUAUGUGACAGUCACUUUCGACCUCCAGACUGGCCC